AUGACUUCCUGGACGAUUCUGUUGGCGGUGGGUUUGAUCCUCGGUGAGUCUGCGGGUGAACCGAGAGUCGAUACGCCCCAAUCGGCACCUCACGUGGCGAUCGUGAACCCGAUGAGAUCCCAGAUGAUCCUCUACUCGGACUUCCCUCAAGGCUCUUGCCUCCUCUACGGGGACGAGUGA